AUUCGGACUGUGCAAUUCGAUUGGGGGAAAGCUAUGUAUUUGUUUCUUGUUUUACAUGUGGUUCUCGAUGCUUGGACUUCCUUUCCAGGUCAACCUGUGGUUGACGAGCGACAAUAUUCACCACGAGAAUCCACGGGCGCUGGUUCACGAACGAGGUCUUAUUACUAUGGGCUCGAACGGCGAUGCCGGGCGAUAUCGUCUAGCGACAGCCGUGGCGUAACGCCUGCCAAUGUGAGGAAGAAAGUCUAUGUCACGCCCGCCUCUUGGACUAGGUACAGAAGCACAGGGCCCGCCACAAGCACAGCUUCACUCCUCGUCAUCGUCGUCGUCGCCAUCGGCAGCAACCUUGGAGCCAUUGGUACCCGACUUUGGUGCGUCGGCAACGUCAAGCUUACCCUUGCUGGUCUCCUCGACCUCGUCUUCACCAUCGUCGUCGCCUGCGUCUCCUUCCUCUUCGUCGUCCUCCUCGGCGACGUCUUCCUCGUCGACAUCUUCGUCUUCACCGCCCUCCUCAUCGUCAACUACGGGUACCGGCUCGUCCGACUUGGCAGCCGUUUUAGCCUUCUUCUUGGGAGGCGCUGGGUCAACUGCGUCGGGAUGCGGUCAGCUGGAGUCUGUAUAUCCGGGCGCGACGAUCAAACCGAGCCUGCCCCUUCCUAGUUCUGCUAGAAAUAAUGGGAUUGGCUCGCUAAGCAUGAUGAGGAUAACUCACCUUCCUCAUCGUCCUCGGCAGCUUGCUCGCCUUCUCCCUCCUCGAACUCGUCAUCGUCAUCAUCCUCGUCGACUUCUUCAUCUUCACCACCAUCCGUGUCUUCGUACUCCUCUUCCUCCUCACUCUC